GCAGGGGCGCUGUGGGGACGGACCGAGCGGGCGCAGCACCGCCAUGGCCGCCCGCGUCCUCAACGUGAACGUGGGAGUGCUGGGCCACAUCGACAGCGGGAAGACGGCGCUGGCGCGGGCGCUCAGCACCACCGGCUCUACCGCCGCCUUCGACCGGGCGCCGCAGAGCCGCGCGCGGGGCAUCACGCUGGACCUGGGCUUCUCCUGCCUGCGCACCGCGCUGCCGCCGCAGCUGGGCCCGGGGCCCGGCGAGCUGCAGCUCACGCUGGUUGACUGCCCGGGGCACGCCUCCCUCAUCCGCACCAUCAUCGGCGGUGCCCAGAUUAUCGAUUUGAUGAUGCUUGUGAUAGAUGUGACAAAAGGGAUGCAGACACAGUCAGCAGAGUGCUUGGUAAUUGGGCAAAUUGCCUGCCAGAAGAUGGUGGUAGUUCUGAACAAAAUAGAUCUCCUUCCAGAGGGGAAGAGACAGAGUGCCAUUGAGAAGAUGACUAAGAAAAUGCAGAAGACCUUGGAAAAUACCAAAUUCUCUGGAUGUCCUAUUGUUGCUGUUGCAGCAAAGCCUGGUGGACCAGAAGCCCCAGAGUCUGAGAAUCCACUGGGUAUUUCUGAAUUAAUUGAGGUCUUGAAGUCUCAGGCUUACCUGCCAUCAAGAGACCCCUCAGGACACUUCCUUAUGGCAGUCGACCACUGUUUCUCAAUCAAGGGUCAAGGCACAGUGAUGACAGGGACUAUUCUUUCUGGCUCUGUCAGCCUUGGUGACAAUGUGGAGAUUCCUGCCCUGAAGGUGACAAAGAGGGUCAAGUCCAUGCAGAUGUUCCAUACUCCUGUGACUUAUGCAAUGCAGGGUGACAGAGUAGGUGUCUGUGUCACCCAGUUUGAUCCCAAGCUGCUGGAGCGAGGCCUGAUUUGCACCCCGGAUUCACUUCACACCAUCCAUGCUGCCAUCAUUUCCUUGAAGAAAAUUCAGUAUUUUCGAGGAGCUCUUCAGACUAAGGCCAAGUUCCACAUCACAGUUGGUCAUGAAACAGUUAUGGGAAGAGUGAUGUUUUUUGGUCCUGCCCCUGCUAACUUCAAUGAAGAAAUUCAAGAAAAUGCUUUUGAUUUUGAAAAAGACUAUCUUUAUCAAGAGGAAUAUUUGUCCAAGGACUCAGUUUCUUCAGAGGAGAAUAAAGAAAAUGACCAAGCAGGAGAAGUCCAGCUUCCAAAACAACAAUGGGCUUUGCUGGAGUUUGAAAAACCAGUCACUUGUCCUAAACUGUGCCUUGUGAUUGGCUCUAAGCUGGAUACAGAUAUUCAUGCCAAUACCUGCAGGCUGGCAUUCCAUGGGGUACUGCUCCAAGGCAUGGAAGACAAGAACUACACAGAGACUUUCCUUCCAAAGCUGAAAGUGUACAAACAGAAGCACAAAGAAGGACAAGUGGAAAGGGUGAUGGAUGAUUACAGUGUGAUUGGUCGUUCAUUGUUUAAAAAAGAAACAAACAUCCAGAUUUUUGUGGGUCUGAAAGUGAAACUGUCUACAGGAGAAGAUGGAAUAAUAGAUGGUGGUUUUGGACAAAGUGGUAAAUUUAAAAUCCGAAUUCCAGAUGGGCUGAAGCCAGACACAAAGAUGCUGCUAACUGCUGCCUCCAAGAAGAAAUCUAAGGGAGGGAAGGGGGAUAUGACCAAAGAGGAUGAAAGCAGCAAGAAUGAUUCAGCCCAACCUGUUACUAUCUCUCUUAUCUUUAAAAGAUAUGUUUUUGACACACAGAAGAAAAUGAUUCAAUCCUGAGGAAGCAAGAGAGGCCUCUGAUUACACCUCCAAGUCCAGACCCUGAAAUGCAUUGAGGUGGAAUGUGUUUCUUGUCCAAACACAUUAAAUCUGUUCCUUCCUCACAGACAGAGCCUGGAAGCUCAUGCUGCCUGUGGCCCCUUCUACAAUGCCUGCUAUCUCAUAUUGUUCUGUUAAAAUUUGCUUAUUUUGUCAUCUCUGUGGUGUGCAUCUUUAUGGCAUGUCAGAGAAUCUCACCUGCCAGAUGAGCACACUUGGAUGUACAUUCUAAUUGCACUGGUUUUGGGGAUAACUGUGCUGAAGUUUCUUUUGAUUUAGAAGAUUGCUACCAAUAUUAUUCUAAAUUAAGUCAAGAUGUGAAUUUCAUGUGACCCACAAAGUGAAGCUGAUUAUUCUAAGCUUACUUCCUUGAGCAAAGUGGGAUACAGAAAGCACACUAUUUAAUAGGUGAAGCCUAAAAUGGAUGUUUCACAUUCCUUCAGUUGCAACUAUGUAAGAUGCUAUCUGAGAGAUGGUAUGGAUGUUUUUUAUAAAUAUGAUUUAUAUCUAGAAAUGUUUUUCAUAUUAAACAUCAUGAUCUGUA